AUGUUUCUGUCUUCUCCUUUAUUUGGAUGGAGGCAACGCGGCUGGCGCUGGGAAGCGCUGCAGCGCGGCCGCCGCCGCUGGGUGCACAUCGAGUAUCCGCCGCGCAGGCGGUCGCCUCUGAAAAAGCUGCACGACAGCCACGACAAGCUCGUCUUUGUGUGCCAAGGGUACAUAGACCGUCUUUCUGUGGACAAGUUGCCUCCCGCGCUGCAGCAGCGGCUGAAGGAGCUCCGGGCCAGCCCUGUGCCUCUCUACGACGGCCGGCUGCCUUGGUCUCAGGAUGUGCAGAGGGCCAUUCAAAGGACUGUAGUUCCCUGUCUAGCUUUCGCUACGGGGCGCACUCACCAUUUGCUAGAGGCUUUCACAAUGGAUGAAGUGCUGGCGCUCGAAAAGCUCAUCCCGGAAAUUCGGCAGGCAUUCGCAGAAAUGCAAAAACGAUUGCCGGAGGACGAGGCUAUUGCCGAGAAGACAAGACACAGACCCCUCGAUCUGACUUAA